GGGUCGACUUGCUGGCCGUGGCCCGGCAAGUCCGCAAUCUGGCCCACUUCGACAACUCAUUGCAGACGGGUCCAGUGGCCGAUUUAGUAGAGUUGGCUUUAGGCUUGCCCAAAUAUUAUUUUGAAGUGCAUAAGUGCAAUUUAUGCACUUAUGUAAUAGGUAUGCAUGCUUACACACCUAGCCGGAGAGCUGCGCUUGGCAACCCUGAAAGUUGAAACAACCCGAAGUCACCUGACAGCUCUAGGCUUGGUUUGCACUCUAAACUCUGCAAUCAUGGGCCGUGCAGGCCAACAGUUCUACAGCUAGACCCUAUGAGCUCUACAGCGACACGUCAGCUGAGUCCGGUGGGGGCCGUGGGCUCGGACACGCUGCGCUGACACCUACCAUUUCUUGCUAACGGAGUGCAGCGGCAAGCACUGCGAACGAACCGGGUUGGGGCCGGUGGCGGUGCGGCCAGGCUGACCGGCUCGACAGAAGGUCGGCCGCUGUCAAACCGAUGGUGCAGCCGAGCGUCGGGUGCCGGGCGCGGUCCCUGCCGAGCACACGAGGCGCCUACAGCGACCAUGACAGCCCGACUGCUGCUAAUUGCCAUCACUGCCGCCGCCACAGCCGUUGCUGCGCAGGCUGCGCCGACAGCGAGCAUCUCCCACCAUCCCUCCAACCAGACCGAGGACCACCACACCACUGAGCGUGCCAGGAAGUUGACGACCAUUGACCGCAUCGGCUGGAACGACCACGUCACGCGCACUCUCGGCGGUGUCUUAUCGCGCACAGCGGCCGGCGGGGUCGACAAGCCUCCGGCCACCCACAGCGCGCACAGCUUCCUCGCGUGCAACGCGACGUCGAAUGACUCCACUCGGCAGGCCGCAACGGCUGGGGGCGCCGGCGGAGAGAAUGCCACUGCCGGGGGCGACUGCGGUGUCUCUCCUCACCCGCCCCUGGACGGCAUCAGCAGUAACAAGUUUCACAGCACAGCGCGCGAGCACCUCCGCUCCAAAAAUAUCUCACACAAGGCAGCUCCGAAGAAUCGGACAAUAUGCAAGCCGGACGACAGUCGCGAAGUCUGCCUUAUCGUACGGAACCAGACGGGAGCAGCGCCUGAGAUCAACGUCUCUCUGCAGAAGAACGACACAGAUCGCGAGCGGGUGGACCGAAUCCACAACGUGACCCUGUUGGAUCGGAGCACCACGCGAGAGGUGCAGGGCGGCUCUGACCCGAGACUGGCCCGCCUGAGGGAGACCCAGGACACCGACGACAGGCUGCGGAGGAGCACCAAUACCUCCGGCACAGAGCGCCGCGUCGGCGUCACAGUCUCCAUUGGUAAUCACCCAGAUAUUGUAAUUGGUGCCAGCCAUGCUACAAGAGACACAAACAUCAAACAAAACAGAGAAACCCAGCAAGAUAAAACCAACAAUACCGAGCUAUACAAAAAUGACGGGAGCCGAAAUGAGAGCGAGAGUCAGCGCCGACUCCGUAAAUCGCGCGGCAGCGUCAGUCUGCAGGAGACCAGCAAGACGUUCAACUAUACAUUCGACAAACGAAACAAUCCGAAUGUGAAUGGCGGUCCAGCGGGCAUCUUGCAGGUCGGCGCAGAGGCACAAAAACGCCGAGGAAAUAAUACCAAUACCACCCAGCUUCGUAAUCACGAAGCAUAUAGCAAGCACGGCAUAAAAGGCGACAGCGGAGGCAUACACACCUAUAAGUACAACAAAGACAAGAAAGAAUGUGGAAGUAAGCAUCACAAGGAUUAUGGGCAUCCGGUCGUUUCUAAGUUACACCACUCGUUGCACCCGAUUGCGACGCCUCCCACAGCCGCUCCGGAGUCGCUCACAAAAUACCCGAGAAAGGUACACUCACCAUUUGGGCAUUGGGUUCACGGUCACCACCCGUACGAGCACGGUCCUCCUAGGACCACCAGAAGACCACGGACCAUCCUAACGCCGCCGCUGGGACCAACUACACAGAGACCAUUCUCCGGCACUGGUGACGAAGCUCCAACCCCCACCGUCCGAUCGAGGCUACCACAGCGGUCCCAGCGACUGAGCCCCGUGGCCCACUACUGGCUGGCUCACCCCACACCGGCGACCCGUCCCAGCCGCGGGGUACUGACCCCGGCUCCAGUACAGCGCAUAACUCGACGACCGGCGUCCCACUCUUUUGAGGACCACCCCUCUCACCCAAAUGGGCACUCCUCUCACCCAACAGGGCACCCCUCUCACCCAACAGGGCACUCCUCUCACCCAACAGGGCACUCCUCUCACCCAACAGGGCACCCCUCUCACCCAACAGGGCACUCCUCUCACCCAACAAGGCAACACGAGCACUACACUGACGGUAGUCUUCACAAGGACUCCAAUCACACGGGGCACUGGCCGGGGAUGUCCAAAGGCAAUCACGACGAGCAUGCCAAGCACGCCUUCAGCAAAGACCUGGCGACGAUCGGAAGGCACGCCAUCCACUCACCAUUUCAUUGAAACGGUCAGUGAAAUAAGAGCUGCUUGGAAUGCAAAGAUGGGAAACAGAACGUGAUUGCCGCGGUUAGAGCCGAACGCCGUCAGUUUACUUAUUAGCCAUGGCUUAGUCUGUCGUGAAUCAGCAACUGUCAUACCAAAACAUUGGUGUGGCAUGUUACGCUCUUCAUGCAUGUUAUGCUCGCUACAUACGUUUGUAGGUCUGGUUUGUAGGACAGCAAGGGGGAAGGGGGAUAACACUCGAAAUGCCAUUAUCUUUGCCAAUACAAUAGAAAAU